CAAAGCGAAAGCUCUUCCUGUCCGCAAUCACGGAACAAUCUUCAGAUCUUAACAUCAAGACAGAAGCGAAUCAGAUGUCCUGUGGCACUGGAACACCAUUUCGAUGAUAAUCAGCUCAUCUGAGUCUCAGUGCUCGUGCAUGUGUUGAGCGUUGCUGGUUUCCAUUGGCAACGGGGACGCGCACAGAUUUCACACAUGCAAACUUUUCCCCUGCUUGUGUGCAGAUAUGACUUCAAGUCAGAAGAAAGGUCUCAGAGGCUCUAUAGAUGACGUGUUGGGAGAUCUGCUGGGUGAUAAUGAACGUCCAGUGAAGGUCCGAUCUCCUGCUGUUGGGUCGAGCAGAACCGCUGGUGUCCUCACAUCAUCACACAGUGGGAAGAAAUCACUUCUAGAUGAUGAUUUCUUCAGUAAACUGGCAGAAGAAGCUGAGAGAGAUGAUGAGGGUUCGGAUGUCUCUGAAGCUGAUCCUGCUGCUCUACUGGAAAGCAUGAAGAAUAUAGACGACAUGGACGCCGAUCUGUUCCUCUCCAAGAAGAAGCCGAGCUCAGCUCCUGUUCAGAGAAUAGACUCUGAACUUAAAGGAGAGCCUUCUAAAUCAGGAGACAAGGCCAAAGAUACAGAGGGGAGAGUUAUUGAAGAGAAGAAGCCCAGUUCUGCUCCAGCAUCCACAGCGAGAACUUACAAGAAGUUCAGCUUCCUAGAUGAUGAUGAAGGUGGUCUUGAUCCACCUCUUCCUAAUAAAGAUAACACGGACGACUCGUUAGACAACCUGCUGGAUGACCUGGAGCACAAAGAGCGUCCGAAAACAAUGAAGAAAACCGAGUCACCCUCCUCUUCCUCUCCUUCCAUUCUUAAAAAAACAGAGACAGCAUCUCCAGCAGCUAGCGUGAAGAAAAGAGAUGAUCUGACGUUCGAUGGCGAUGAAGAUGAUCUUAUUGACGCUUUGGGCUUUGGAGAAACACCUAAAGUGAAAGGAAAUGGACUGACACAGAAACAAGAGAGUGAUCCUCCUCGGAGAGCUCGCACCAGACUGGACGAGAUUCUUGGUAGAGGAACAUCUCCUCGUCUGAUGGAGAGACCCAUCACAGGAGAGAAGAAAGACACACGGCAGACAGAGAAACAGAUGGAGAAACUGCCGGAGAAGAGCUCCGCUGGAAAAGCCUCUCUUUUAGACGAAGAAGACUUCACGUUUGGCUCUUAUCAGCCAACGAUGGGCUCCACACCAGAGGGACGUCAGUCCAGGAGACAAUCUGUCAGAUUCUCGACUGAAGACGUGAGCGCUCACUCUCCUGAGCACAAACCCAAACCCUCCCCACGAGCGACUCGGCCCAGAGCAGACUGGCUUGGCCUGAAACAGGAUGAAGAGGAGGAGGAGGAGGAGGAGGAGCAGAAGAUGGAGGAGGAGCCCAAACAAACAGCCAAAGAGACCCAGAAGCCCCCGACAUCUCCCUCCAUAGUGCCUCGAAAACCAUCCAGCCAUGAAACCCCUGCAGAACUGACAGCCACACCCGCUUCACCUCACACCGCCCGGCGACAGACGAAGAGAGACGAAGACAAGGAAGACGAUUGGCUCGCUGGAGCGUUGAGUCGCAGGAAGACACAGUUAAUCAGCCAAUCAGAGGACAGAGAGGGAAAACAAGAGGAUUCAUUGGCUCUGGGAGAGGAAGUAGACCAGGACACGGUUGUCAGCCCUAAACCAAGCAUCUCUUCAACCCCACGUAGACGACAGGAAGAGCCACCGGCCCUACACACAGAGCCAAGCAGGGAGUCCACUGGCCCCUCCAUUCAGCCUAACACAAGCAGAGAAUCUCAACAUAAACCUGUGUCAACAGCAGACGGCGGUGUACAUUUGACCCCAGCGCAAACUCCUCUAAAUGCAGAUGGUCUACAACAACUGCUGAUGCAACAACAGUUGUCUCAGUCUCAUCUGUGGGGUUUGGGUGGUCCUCUGAAUGUGAGCUCACAGUCAAAGCACUGGAGAGACACGGAUGAGCAGUCUAGAGACAUAACAUCACUGCAGACACGAAUUAUACAGCUGGAGGGACAGGUGAGGAGUUUACAGCUGGAGAGAGAUCAGAAUCACAUGCUGUUAGAGAGCAUUCAACAGAGACACAAACAAGACACCGAUCUCAUGGACAACAUGCACAGAGCUCGUGUGAAGCUGCUGGAGGAAUCGGCCGCCCAGCGAGAGCAGCGGUCUCGGCAGGAAAACGAGGACCUAGUGGAGAGGCUGGCUGCGGCCACUCGCAUGGCGGAGCAGGAGCGGGCGGAGCUACAGGCGCAGCACCAGCGCAGACUGGCACAAUGCCAACAGGACAGAGACAGAGAGGUGGAGCGACUCCGAGACCUGCAGAGGAAGUCGAUCCUGGAGAUGAAGAAAGAUUAUGAAGAUCAGAUUCAGCGAUUGAAGAAACUGAAGGACGAAGAGAUCGAUGCUGUGACCAGCGCAACAUCACAGACCAGGUCUCUGACGGUGGUCAUCGAGCAGAUGGAGCAGUUCUCUCACAGGCUGGGCGACCUGUCGUGUCGCGUGGAGAGCACGCAUGAGAACACUGCUCAGGGUUUGGAGCUGAGCGCGAAACACAGAGACUCACAGCUUAGAGUUCUUCAGGAUCAGUUGAGUCAGCAGCAGUGUGAGAUGAUAGAGGAGAGGUCACGUCUCAAAGAGGUCAUCAUCAAGAUGGACACACAGCUCGCCGAGCAGCAGAGACAGCUGGAGAAGGAGCGCUGGCGGGUGACAUCAGAACAGGCGAAAGCAGAAUCCGCUCUGCGAAGACUAGAAGAAGAGCGACGGACCUUGACGCAACAGCUCAGCAUGGAGAGAGAGGAGCUGGAGAGGGCAAAGAGCGCUCUGUUGGAAGAACAGCAGUCAGUCAUGCAACACUGUGCAGAAGAACGCAGGAAACUCGCAGCGGAGUGGAGCCGGUUCCACGCACAGGAGAAAACUCGUCAGGAGCGCGUGGAGAGAGAGGCUAGCCGCGCACUGGAGAGAGACACACACAGAGAGGGGUCCAUCAUCAGUAUGGCAAAGGAGCAGGCGGAGCUGAAGCUGUGUUCUGGAGAGCUCAGACAAAAGGAAGAAUCACUGCAGAAAGAGCGAGAGAGCCUGGAGAGAGUGAGAGAAGAAUUGGAGAGAGAGAAAGAGAAGCUGAGCGCCAUGGCACUGAGACUCAAAACACGAGCACAGGAGGUUGAGAGCUUCAGUAAGCUGGCAUCAGAGCAAUUUGAAGAGGGCGAGCGGGCGCUGAGGGAGGCCAGACAGGUGGAGGCAGAACAUCAGACUCGACUACGCAACAUUCACACACAGAUGGAGAAACUACGGCAACAGGAGCAGAGCUUACAACAGGAGCGUUUGAAAAUGACGGAUCAUCGGCGACAUGUGGAGAGAUUGAGACACACGCUACCCGUCAAUCCUGUGACUCUGUCUUCAGCUCCUCUCAUCACAGAUUUCUCUCCAGCCUUCACCAGCACACACGUGCCAGCUGCUCCUCCUGUUUCAGUGAGUCCUGUACCAGUUGAACUACACGCCAGACUCGCCCUCAUCAAACACACCGCAGAGAAGGACAGAGACUUCCUGGCAGAAGAGCAGUACUUCCUGGACACGCUGAAGAAAACCUCAUACAACACAUGACCACACGGAGACUGGAAACAUUUCAUACUUUUUUAAUAUGUGAAAUAAAAAAAAAUUAAAAAAUAAAUGUUCCCAUGUGUUUCAGUUGUGUGCACUAACAUCCCUCUCCCAGCU